GAUCUGUCAUUAGUUCGUGUAAUUUCGCGCCGAUGAGGUGUUUAUCGAGAGAUUUCUGAUUUACAGAGAAGAUGCGGAAUUUAUUUCAUUUAGUUCAAGCUUCAGUGUUGAAGCUUCCGCUGCGCCCCCUGCUGUACACAUGUGGAGCUGGCGCCGCAACCGCCAUCAUUUACUAUUUUGUUUGUAUAGAUGGGAAAACAGAUGCAGACCCAGAUGAAACAUCUGGCACCGAAGACUCACCCUCACCCUCACCCUCACCUUUACCCUCACCCUCACCCUCACCAUCUGAGGUUCCUCAGGACCAGGCCAUGGUACCUCCUGCUCCUUGUUCUACUGCUGAGAUAUCUAAGGAUAAACCUGCCUUGAAAUAUGAAGAGGCUCAGCUGGAGAUUGAAAACCUGAUUAAUCAUGUGGAGACACUUAAAGACACCGUUCAGGACAUGAAGACCCAGAUGUAUGAGAUUCAAAACGAGCAUAACCAGGACCAAGAGAGAAUUCGGAAGGCUCAAAACAUUCUCCAGCUCAAGCUUGAAGAGACAACGAAGAAGCUAGAACAACUCUCGGAGUGUGAGAGAGAGCUAGUGGCUUACCAAAACCUGACUACGGAGUUCAAUAAUUCAAAGGUGUCUCUGACUGACAUCAAGUCUUUAAUAAAGAUCUCUUUGGAUCAAAUGUGGGAGGAACAUCACAAGGCUACGGAGUCCUUUAUUAACCUGCAGUUUGAGAAGUCCAGCCUGAUGAAGGACAUGAAGAUAAUGAAAGGCACAGUUCAGGACAUGGGGAGCCUGAUCUAUAAGACACAGAAGAAGCAAGACGAGGAGUAUAAGCAAAUGGUUCAGGAUUACAGCACCCUCCACUUGGAGCAAGAAGAAAUAAAGAAGAGUAUAAAUGAAGGCAACAUGUUACUAAAGAUAUCUAAGGAUGAAACUGUGCUAAAAUAUCAGGAGGCUCAGCUGGAGAUUGAGAACCUGAAGAAUCAUGUGGAGACACUUAGAGACACUGUUCAGGACAUGAAGACCCACAUUUAUGAGAUUAAAAACAAACAGAAUCAGGAGCAAGAGAGAGAACAGAAGGCUCACAAAGCCCUCCAGCUUGAACAUAAAGAGACGAUGAAAAAGCUACAACACUGUAAAGAGUUACUCUCUGAGUGUGAGAGAGAGCGAGUGGCUUACCAAAACCUGACUGUGAAGUAUAAUAAUGCAAGGGUGUCUCUGACUGACAUCAAGGCUGUAAUUAAGAGUUCUUCUGAUCAAGUGUGGGAGAAACAUCAAAAGGCUAUGGAGUCCUUUAUUAACCUGCAGUUUGAGAACUCCAACCUGAUGAAGGAUGUCGGGAUACUGAAAAGCAGAAUUCAGGACAUGACGAGCCUGAUCUAUGAAACACAGAAGGAGCAAGAAGAGGAGUAUACACGAGUGAUUCAGGAUUACAACACCCUCCACUUGGAGCAAGAACAAAUGAAGAGGAGUUUAAAUCAAAGCAAACUGGAACUAAAGAAUUCUAAUGCCACACAGAAUUUUCACUGUAUGCAGUCCUAUGAUAUGCUGAACUUUCUGGUACAAAAUAAGGAGUUACUGCAGAUAAUCAUUUCUUCUAAAAGUGACCUGAUUGUUUAUGUGUUGCUGUUUUUAUGUUUGUGUCUUUGUGGGCUUUUAUUGUGUAAAUGACAUAAAACAAUGUAUGCCAGAUAAAUUGUUAGAUCAUUUUCAAACUUUAUAGCAUAUAGGUUAGCAUAUAACAUGGUUUCCCCAUGGUCCAUGGUUGAAGAGACCUGCCCAUAGCACUGUAUUAUUUAUUUAUUUUUUUCCAAUGUUUCUGAUUGUAUUUGAAUAAAAUUUUAAUAUU